AUGGCAUCAGACUGCUUAGUAUACCAGGCAAGGUAUACUGAGCAGUGUGAUGCCACUGCACAGCAAUCUAUCAGUGCUGCCACCACAUCAUCGACUGCUGAAACUACAACUCAGAAAAUAGAAUCACUCACCACACAACCAGCCACUACACAGCCAGCCACAACGCAGCCAGCCACUACACAGCCAGCCACAACGCAGCCAGCCACUACACAGCCAGCCACAACGCAGCCAGCCACAACGCAGCCAGCCACAACGCAGCCAGCCACUACACAGCCAGCCACAACGCAGCCAGCCACUACACAGCCAGCCACAACGCAGCCAGCCACUACACAGCCAGCCACAACGCAGCUAGCAACUACGCAGCCAGCCACUACACAGCCAGCCACAACGCAGCCAGCCACAACGCAGCCAGCCACAACGCAGCCAGCCACAACGCAGCCAGCCACUACACAGCCAGCCACUACACAGCCAGCCACAACGCAGCCAGCCACAACACAACCAGCCAGUACACAGCCAGCGACAACGCAGCCAGCCACAACGCAGCCAGCCACUACACAGCCAGCCACAACGCAGCCAGCCACAACGCAGCCAGCCACAACACAGCCAGCCACUACGCAGCAGGCCACAAUGCAGCCAGCCACUACGCAGCCAGGAACUACGCAGCCAGCCACUACACAGCAGGCCACAACGCAGCCAGCCACUACACAGCAGGCCACAACGCAACCACCUACUACGCAAGUGCCCUUAACACAAACGCCCACAUCACAACCAACCACAACACCACCUACAACAGUUCAUUCCCUUGGAACAACGACGCUCCCAGCAACCAACCCAUCUGGAAAUUCAACUACACAAUUCACAACCAUAACCUCUGUAAGCACCACCACAGCCACUACAACAAGGACAACGAGCACAACCAGCCAGUCUGUUACAACUACAACCACAACAAGUUCAACACAACAACCCACAACCUCAACGACAACUGUCGCUCCCACCACCGUCGGCUAUACCUAUGCGCCGUCAGACAUAGCCAUCAUCAGCAUCACCGGAGUCAACGCAAGCACCGUGCUCCCGGGGACGUCGCUCGCCUUCGCCGUCACGGUCGCCGUGCAGCCACUCGCCUCUGUCGACGUGCAGGAGUCCCUUAAGACUCAAAAUUUUAUUUUUUGGAUUAUUUUUGGGACCAUACUGAUGUAUGAAGUGCUGGAAGUUCUUGGAACAGCUCCUUCCACCACUGCCACCCACUUCGCCUUAUCAGCAUUUGACGUUGACCUUGGGACUCUGUACCAGACUGGGAACAGCGACCUUCAGUUUAUAGAAUCGGCGAGUCUGCCUGAAGUUCUCGCUAGGGAAGUCUAUAGGCUAUAUUUUGCCAGAACAUGUGUGGUUGAAGUUUGGAGCGCCGAGAGGCAGGGGGACUGA